AUGGCAUCUGUAAUCAGCGUACCAGCCAACGAAGGGAUAAGUGUAAAAAAUGAACACGAUGAUCCUGAAAUAAAUGCAAUGGCUCUCAAAAUGAAAGAAAAUUAUCAAAAAAAUGCAUCAGCUGCAGCAAAGCAACAGGCUGCUUCUCCGGCAAAUGUUUAUAUAAACAGAGCCGGUAGACCAGUAGCAUUGACUAAUGCACCAAUUACAACGAAUAACACUCAAAAAAAUCCAGAUAAAUCACCCAAAGAUUCUGAAGAUGUAGAAAGUAUUAAAGGUAGAUUUUCAUGGAAAUUCAUUGCUGGACACCAUAUACCCUAUAUAAUUAGAGUAGUUAAUACUGAACAAUUAAAGUUUGUAUCUGUUCGUAUGGCUGAAACACAGCUACUCAGCAAUUAUUUACAUUAUCUACAUGCAGAUAUAUACACAUGUACAUCUGUUAGAAGUCACUUCAUCACCGAGUCGGAAGCUAAACUUUUAAACGACAUCAACCAAAAGCAUGCCGACUGUAUUUACGGGAAAGAAGUGUUUUUUGCAGGAAAAGAUUAUAUUGUGCGCUUGGAAGAUGUCCAUGAAUUUUAUAUGUUCAUAGAAGUAUGUUAUAAAAAAUUACUGUGCAAUGUUACUCCAGGCCGCAGAGAGAAAUGUGGUUUUAUUCGUAUUAACUCUGAAUCUGUUGUGCCAUAUUGUAUAAAAGAUGACCAAAAAUAUGUCCCGCUCUUCUACUUUGAAGGCGAAACAGAAAACUUAAAACAUCGAGCUGUGAAAUUGGAAAAUUGGAACUUAGCAUACCUCAAGUUCUGCUGUAAAGUUCAAGGUAUCAGAAAUGAGUUGUUUGCUAGUGACUCUUGCACGGUCACUAGUCUUGAUGACAUAAAAAAUUAUUUUCCACCGGAAACUAAUUUUGAGGAAUAUUGGCCAGCUAAGGUUGUUGAUACACAACUCCUAACUAAUCAGAAGUCUACCCAUGUAAACCCCCCUGGUGCCUGGAUCAGAGCACCCCCAGAAGUAGUACCUGCUGAAAAUACUAUUCCUCAUAAUUUAACAGCACCAGGACCAUUACCAGCAAGUGUGCCAAUUUUGAUGAACACAUAUCAAAACGGAUGGCCAGCAAACCAAAUGGUUAAUUCAUAUGGCACUCAGGCUCAGCCGCCAUCAACUCGUGGCUAUUCUAUUGCAGCCAGAAAUCAAAGCAUAGCUGCCCAGUGCUAUAAUGCGGGUUCAACGAUGUCUCAAGGCAGCAGUUUGGUAAACAGUGUGGGCCAUGUUGUACCACCACCGCCUUUAGUCCGUGCAGGCAAUACGACACCAGUAAUUGGUAACACCGUCUCAUACUCCAGUGUUGUACCUAUUAGCCAAUGUAUAACAACAAUGUACAAUCCAAUGACAAAUGGAAAUGUUAUGUCUCAUUCAAGUCAAAUGAGACAAUUCUACAAUCAACGUGCUAACAAUAAUCAAGCUCAACAACAACAGUUGCAGCAACAACAAAUGCAACAGCAACAACAAAUUACCACUCCUCAAACUCAGCAGCCAUAUAAUGGCCAAUCUUUGCAUGGUCGUUUAACCAACACACAACAACGCAACGCUCUAAGGAAUGCUGGGCCUGCUGUAAUUGCUCCGCCCUUAGAAAUUAUUGAUUUAUCGUCCCCACCAUCCAGCCCUGUUCCUCCAGCUGUGCAGGAAAAUCCUCUUCGCCCUAAUAUUGGAUGGGAAUUGACGAGAAUACCUGAACGGAUGUGGGCACAUGACACAUCUAAUAAUGCUGCUUACAAGAUCCAAAAGGCAACACUGCAAGGACGAAUGAUCCAUUGCAUAAAUGCAAAACCAUACAUCUAUUCGGAUUUGAUGGUAACAUUGGAUGAUUUAGUGCAGAUGGUGCUGCCUUCCAUUACAGUCCCGAGAUGCGCUUACAUCUUAAACAAAUACUUAAAAACGACACUAUUCAGUGGAAAUACCGAGCAGUUGGCCGUGUUGAGGGAAAAUGGGCGCCUCAGGUCGAUGUUCCCGGAUGAUACACCCAUGGCCAUGCUACAAGAUAUCACGCAUGUUCUGCCGCAAUUAAAGGCAUUGGUGUUAAAGCAUGAUGAACAAAUACAACAAUACCAAGCAGCUGCUGCAGGCGGUCCAGCCAAAAGACAACGCACCAGCUAG